GCGACGUCGCUAUCUUCACGCAGGUGUUACGUUUUCACAUCUAAAAAAUAGAUCCGUUCCUUAGUUCCUUGAAUUUUUUAAUUUUGUCAAAUGUUAGGUUGAAAAUUGGAUACGUAAAGAAAACUAAGGAAAAUGACUCAGCCAAAUGAAAAACGUGGCAAAGAAUCAACUAAAUUUGAUCUAAAAAAAGUGCCGGCCAGAGUGGAUCGAGUUAAAGUUAGUGGUUUGCUACGUACUCACAAUGACUAUGUUAUGAAAGCGGCUGAAAAUCUUUUCAAGGCCAAAAAUUUUCAGGAAGUUAUGCUAGAGAGCAUGCAUGCGAAGUCCUAUUUGCAUGAAUUGGGUAUAUUUAAGGAUGUCAGCGUUCACAUCGACGUAAGCCGAGGGGAAAAUGCCUCGUCCGAUGGAUAUGAAGUCACCUUUAAGGGGAAAGAACUGUCGCGUAUCGUGGGAUCUGUCGGUACGGAAGUAGGCCAAAACGAAGGUUCACUGCGGACUGAAUUGACUAUUCCAAAUUUGUUUGGAAGAGGCGAGAGCAUAUCUCUUCAGGGAUCUUACAGCAGCAAACGAGCAAAUGACAUUCAACUGAAAUUUUGGAAAUCAUUUUUCCACACAAAGUAUAUGGAAAACAGGCCAGAGAUAUCAAUUUCAUUAUUUCGGCAUUUAGAUCGUUUCAACGUUAGUAAAUUUCAAAAUACUAAUUUUGGCUGUAUAGCUGAAUUUGCCGUUAAUACCCUACAGCCUUUGCAGUUAACGCACUCGCUGCAGUACGAAGCUUCUAUAAGGGAACUAGCAUUAUUACAAAAGAAUGUGCCAAUGGCCAUACGAGAACAUUGUGGACCUAAAUUGGCAUCUUUGCUACGGUACUCUGUUAUUUUUGACCAACGUGACAAUCCUGUCUUUCCCACACAAGGCUUAAUGAUAAAAUCGAUAAACGAAUAUUGUGGUUUGGGGGGAAAUGUUGCAUACAUUAGUAACAGUACGCACGGCGAGAUCAGCAUUCCCCUCUUCGGCGGGUUGGUGGCGCAACUUUGCGGACGUUUGGGUGUUAUCAAAGAAACGAAGAAGACAACAGUCCUACCGUUAAGCAACCUUUUCUACUGCGGAGGGCCUUUAACCUUAAGAGGGUUUGAAUUUGGCGGCGCUGGCCCUGUCGUUGAUGGCACGCCUAUAGGGGCCCAGACAUACUGGUCCACGGGUCUCCAUUUAUGGGCUCCUUUGCCAUUUAACAAAGUAUUUAAAGGUUUGGCCAAUAACUUCCGAACACAUUUAUUUUAUAAUGUGGGAAAUUUUAACACAUUUUCCUCAGAAAAUAUAAGAAGUGCAGCUGGAAUUGGUUUGGCAUUUAAAUUAGCAGAGCGCGCACGCAUUGAACUUAAUUAUUGUAUACCAAUUCGAAAGUGUGUGGGAGAUAAAGUCAACAAUGGUUUCCAAUUUGGCAUUGGUUACGAAUUUGUUUGAACUGCUUAAGCAUUUCUAUAAUUUUUUUUUGCGAAAAAUAUAUGAAAUUAAUAAAACAA